AUUUGUAUACUGGCAAUGGCUUAUAUAAAUGCAGAAGACCAGUUAGGAGAUUGUAAACAAGAGCAAGUAAUUCUUAUGGCAACCGAAGAGGUGAAACUUUUGGGAUUCUGGGUUAGCCCAUUUGCGCUUAGGGUCGAAUGGGCACUGAAAAUCAAAGGUGUUAAGUACGAGUACAUAGAAGAAGAUAUCUUUAAUAAGAGCACCUUGCUCAUGGAAUUGAACCCAGUUCAUAAGAAGGUUCCAGUGCUGGUUCAUGAUGGGAAAGCGAUUGCAGAAUCCUUUGUUAUUCUUGAAUAUAUUGAUGAAGCAUGGAAGCAAAAUCCAUUGCUGCCUCAAGAUCCUUACGAAAGAGCACUGGCUAGAUUUUGGGCUAAAUUUGCUGAAGAGAAGAUCUUUGAAGGUGCAUGGAAUGCUUUGUGCUCCCGAGGAGAGGAAAAGCAAAAGGCUUUGCGACAAACCAUAGAAGCCAUGGCGAAAAUAGAGGGAGAACUUGAAGGGAAGCAGCAGUUCUUUGGAGGGGAGAGCAUUGGGUAUUUGGACAUUAUAUUGGGUUGGAUCUCUUACUGCCUUCCAGUAUGGGAAGAAGUUGGAUCCAUGGAAAUUCUGAACCCAAUCAAAUUUCCAGCCAUCACUGCCUGGAUCAACAGGUUCCUGAAUCAUCCAGUGAUCAAAGACAAACUACCACCAACUGAUAAGAUGCUUGUUUACUUCCACCAGCGCAGCGAAGCAUUAGCUUCUACUGCUAAUGGGUGAUUAGGGUUUAACUAAUCCUCUUGUCAAAUGUUAUAUGUUUUGUAGUUUAACAAAAUCUCUUGCUUCGAAAAGAGCAUUUGAAGGGUGAUAAGUAUUAGGAUGUGAUUUUGUAACUAGAUGCACCUUCUAAUCUUAUUUUAUUUUUGUACUUUUAAGAGUAAUAAAAGUAUAAUAGUCAAAUAAACUUAAUCUUUUCAAA